GCAGGCCCAGCCAAGGCCGAGCCCAUAAGGGAUCCAUAAGUAGAGUUUCGGCCAGCCCAUCUUUAUAUAUGGUCCAAAGUAUUCGACCAGCUUGCAGUUGGUUUACCGGGUAAUCGGUCAUCUUCUCGGUUUAGGGGUUGUAGAGUGAGCGUUAGGUUUAGGGUUUGUAUUUGCACUCUGUAUGCAUUCUGAGUUGUGAGCAGGAGAAAACAAGCAAACAAUGGAGGGAACAGACGAGGGGGUAGAGAGAGUAGUAGAUUCAAAGGACCUUCAGCAGCAGAGCAAGGCCUUGGACAAGCUUACCGAUCGGGUCGAAGAUCGUCAGCUCGAUUCCACUCGUGUCCAAGAGGCUAUGGCAUCUAUUGCUGCGUCCGCCGACGCUGAUUGGAAUGCUUUGAGAAUGAGGGACAAAGAAUUGGCUGCUGUGAAGAUCAAUCCGACCGAUGUUGACAUAAUUGCUAAUGAAUUAGAGUUGGACAAGAAGGUGGCAGAGAGAACCUUACGGGAGCAUAAAGGUGAUGCAGUGGCUGCUGUUCGACACUUGCUUCGGUAGAAGGCCAUUGGAUCAAAACAGCGCCUUGCGGUUCUUGUAUCCUGUAGAGAGAAAUGAUUGAAUGACGAACUUGCGAACCAAGUUUGCUGCUUGCCGCGUGAACACACGCACUUAUAUUUUGUCUGUUAAUGGUAUAUUCUGUCCAAGCCAUUGGAUGUCUGUUGGACAUGCUGUUUUGCUUACAGCACAACUGUGUAUUCUUUAUAAUUAUUUUACCUAGUUUCUGUUACUUAGGAUUCAGUUUUCAAGAAUCAUUUUAUUGUAUGCAACAAGUGAAAGUAUUGUGUUUUUCAAUGGUUUUUAGAAUUUUUUAAAAAAUAUAUGGAUAUUUUUUUAAUAAUUUAAUACAGAAAAGUUAAUCUUAGAUAUAAAGUA